CCUAGCUCGGUUGGCUAGUGGUAUUGUAGGACCUAUAAUCUCGAUCAACCUUUCCAGUUCCGGUAUUGAACAGCGGCAGUUUGAGCAGAGAAGCACAGCCCCCUGGUUUCUCUCCGUAGCGUGUCCCUCCUUGCGCUCUGCUCUCUCACAGGCAGACAUGGAUGAUGGUCCGUCUUCGACAAGCUGUUUUCGAAGGAUAACGGACUGUUUUCUGGGCCCAAGUCUGACGGAUGACAAAGUGAAGGCCUACCUCUCCCUUCACCCUCAGAUGCUGGAUGAGUUUGUAUCGGAGAGCGUGAGUUCAGAGACACUGGACAGAUGGCACAAGAAGAAGAGCAGCGGUAGCCUGCCUGCAG